AUGCACGGGUCAGAGAGCUCUACUUAUUGCCCCAUAAUGGAUCAUACGAUCUCCGCACUGGAUCUCGAUACAGUGGAAAGGCAAUCGCUUAUUCCUGUACAAUGGGCUCUCCCAAGACAUUCCUCGAUGUCUCUCGUCCAGGGCAUCGCAGGUUUUGCAAGCCCCCCGUCAAGGUCGCCUGCCUAUCCUGUUCCCGACAGUCGGACGUUGCGGGUGCGUUGCGACGGUCAGGAACGAUGCUCCAACUGUGUCGCCAAGGACACAAUCUGCUGCUAUGUCCCUAGUAAACGCGGAGGUCCACGAAACUGUCAGAAUCGCAAGCGCAAACGGGCAUCAACCCCCCCGACAACCGUCUCCGAUGCGCCGGAUGAAGGAUAUCAAACCCAGAAGAAAGGCAGCCCUAUAGUCGAGGGUCCGCCGUCGAGCUCGGAUGACGAUGGCUGGUUCAACCAGCUCUUGAGUCUAGGCGCCCCAGGCGCAGGACUGCGCAGUGUCGAAAGCUCCGUCACAGAAAUGGAACAGAUAUUCGAUUCAAUAUUCAUGGUAGAUGAACCGCCCAUGGUACCAGAACCAACCGUUCCUCCACCAGAUUUAUUGCAGACGUAUGCGAGUGACGAGGAUAUACUGGACGCCUACUAUGUCUUCAUUCACCUCUACUAUCCGAUAUUGCCUCCUCCAGAACGGGUGCCGGUUUACAAUCGUCCUCUAUCCGAAAGGUCGCCUUUUCGACCCUCUAGCCCGCUUAGCCUAGCCAUAUCAGCCAUUCUCGCCCUUAUACCGCAUCCUGAGGUGAAACAACCUUCACGGUCGGAGUAUGUGAAGCUGCGCCGAGACCUCGCCCAUUCCUUCGCACAGUCUGCACUAGAAGCUGUGGAGACUGACCUUGAGCUGCUCGACUCUUCAAUUGAUCCAUCGAAAGCUCUAUCUGACGGUGCACCCCAGUAUCAGCGGAGGGGAUUUCAUAGCAAAGUGCCGGUUUGUCUGGAAGCGGUCCUAGCAUUGGUGCUGCUGAGCGUAUAUGAGUAUGCUCAAAGGGGGAACAUAAAUAAGAUGUGUAAUCGAGCGGGGCAAGCAUUGACAGCCGCCAUGAGUAUGUCGCUACACGAGAUGGUCGACGAGGAUGAAUACUCCGAGGCCCGUCGAAGAGCUUGGUGGAUCACGUAUUUGACGGUCUGCCAGGGAUCCAUUGUUAGCGGGAUGCCCCCUGCAAUCAAUCCGUAUGAUCCUCGAUUUGUAACGCCAAUCCCAGAGGGAUGGAAACUGCUCAUCGAAGCCCAGCAGACCAUUCUCGAAGCCACAACUUUUGUUCACGAUUUGGAUCUAACCACGAAGUCUCACUUCAAUGCCUCCUGGGUUCCCCAGCGGAUGACAGAGCUGGACAACCAGAUAACAUGUCUGCUGCAUCCAUGUCGCGUGUCUAUCCACGACUCAACCAAAAAGUCGCCUGCCACAAGCCAGGACUCACCGGACGUCGUUGCCCUGCAUACGAUAAGACACAUUGCUGAGAUCAAGCUACACAGCGCUAGGAUCAAGACCCACCGAUUUUGCGCUUUCCAAGAUAUCCCCGUCUUUCGCAAGCGCCAUUGCGACCUGGAUGCAGCUGCAGGGCCCAGAUGCUGUCGUGUGCAGGCCGCCGAAGAUUCCAGACCACCUACAUCCUCACCAGACAGCUUCCUAUCCUCCGUGCUUUCCGAGCCCGCAGCUAUUGACUUUCCCUUUUCCGCACACGCGUCCUCGAAAAUCUGCCUUCAUGCAGCAUUAAAUAUUGUCAGCCUUCUGGACAGCCUGCCGUAUCCAAAUCCAACAAAUGAGAUCCCGUUGACUCGUCCACCUUAUCUUUCACGCAAUUCCCGGGUGGAGAUACCACGGAUGAUGCCGACCUUCGCCUGUUGUGCCAUGCAGUCAAGCUAUGCGAUGAUCAUGCUGUGUUUGAAGGCCCGGGCGAUGCGUGAGCCAGUGGGGAAUGACUUGACGACCUUAAGCAGUCGAUCUCUAGGCGGGUUCCUGGAUGAGCUGCGACAGAGCCUGCGGCAGGUCUCAAAGGCUUUGGGGAACUAUGCGAUUGCGUUUGAGGCACUCAACGGGAUGAGGGAUGAGAUUGCGCACUCCGUUGAGAUGAUCUCCACUAAUAGCUGA